AUGGGCUCCCACGCAAUGUUCACUGUGAGCGUGAAGCACACUGAGAUCAUAACCGCGGCAUCACCGGUACAAAACUUUUGGCUACCCAUGUCGAACCUAGACAUACUCAUACCACCAUUAGAUGUGGGAGUGUUCUUCUCCUACAAAAAACCAAUUCCUAGUGAGAACUAUAUUAACUUGAUUAAAGAAUCACUUGCAUUAGUACUUGUCACAUUUUAUCCUCUAGCUGGAGAAAUUGUCCAAAACAAGCUAGGUGAGCCAGAAAUUCUCUGCAAUAACCAUGGCGUUGAAUUUGUUCACGCUUUUACUGAUUUGGAACUUGUAGAUCUUGAUCUUUACCACCCUGAUGAUUCUGUUGAGGGUAAACUAGUACCGGUUAAGACUAAAGGUGUUCUUUCUGUUCAGGCAACCGAGUUCAAGUGUGGAGGGCUAGUAAUUGGAUGCACAUUUGAUCAUAGAUUAGCGGAUGCACACUCCAUGAACAUGUUCUUGAAUUCAUGGACAAAUGUUGCACGGUCUAAACCAAUAUCUUGCAUUCCAUCUUUCAGGCGUUCCAUGCUCUACCCUCGACGUCCACCACACAUAAACGCCUUCUACAAUACCUUGUAUGUGCCUUUCUCCUCUCUCCCUCCACCACGACCGUCAUCCCAAACAAAUCCUCUAAUAAGUAGAAUUUACUACAUAAAGGCCGAUGACAUCAACAAUAUUCAAAUGGAGUCAAGUUCGGAUGGAAAUCCACAAAGCAAACUAAUAUCAUUUACCUCUUUUCUAUGGAAGAUGAUCGCAAAAAGUGACAAAGAAUCCAAGAUUUGCAGGAUUGGCGUAGUAGUGGAUGGCCGAGAAAGACUAAGUGAUGACAAUCUUGAAGAUCUCUCCUUGUCAAACAUUAAUAAUUCUUUAACAAUGAAAACAUAUUUUGGAAAUGUACUUUCUGUUCCAUAUUGUGAGGCGAAUUCAGGUCAUCUUCAACGAAUGCCAUUAAGAGAGGUGGCCAAGAUGGUUCUUAAGUGUGUAACAAAUGCAUGUACCAAGGAACAUUUCAAGGGACUUAUCGAUUGGGUGGAGGUACAUCGACCUGAGACAGCAGUAACAAAAAUCUACACUGAAAUGGGCAACAACUAUGGGCCAGCAGUCGUGGUGUCAUCUGGGAUGCGUUUAGAUUUUGAAACGAUUGAUUUUGGUUGGGGUAAGCCGCGGUUUGCUUCAUAUCACUUCCCAUGGGGUGGGCAAACUGGAUAUGUAAUGCCGAUGCCUAGUGUUGCAAAGAAUGAAGAUUGGAUUGUGUAUAUGCAUCUCCUUCCAAAGCAUUUGGAUUUGGUUGAGGCUAUAGGAGACGUCUUCAGGCCUUUAACUUCAAAUUACCUCGACUUCUAG